AUGGGCGGCGUCGCAUCGGUACCAACCGACCCCAGCCGGUCUCUCAAGGUCAUCGGUGCGGGAUACUCCAGGACAGGAACCCUCUCCAUGGCAAUGGCAUUGGAAACACUCCUCGACGGACCCGUCAUGCACGGAGGAUCCCAACUGCUCGGUCGGGAAGACGCCUACGUCAAGCUAUGGACAGAUAUAUUUGCCGCCCGCCACGACAAGUCCCGUCUCAUGCCGCUGCUAAAGCAAGCGACGCAGGGAUUCGUGGCCAUUACCGACGCCCCCGGGAAUUGCUUCAUUGCCGAACUUCUCGAGUUAUACCCGGACGCCGAGGUCUUUUGCGUCCGACGCAAUCGGGAGAAUUGGUGGAAGAGCUGGCAGAGUGUUUCGAAUGCAGCUGGCGCCGGAUUUCUGAAUGUGUUUCUGGCGGUGGUACCAGGGAAGAGGUGGUAUCCGAAGCUUGUCACGCAGUUUUCAGAGCAACAAGAAGAGAAAUGGGGUCCCAUGACUGAAGAGCGUAUGGACGAACACAACGCCUAUGUCAAGCAGGUCACUCCGCCUCACAAGUUUCACAUGAUGCAACUAAGCGAAGGUUGGGGACCACUCUGCAAAGUCCUCGACGUCAAGGUCCCCGAAACGCCGUUCCCGCGAGCAAAUGACGCAGAAGCGGUUGAAGGGCUCGCAUCACAGAUCUUUGUCGAGGCAGGAUCGCGGUGGGCCGUGAUACUUGCUGGUGUGAGUGUCGUUGGGUACGGUAUUUGGAGGUCAUGGGGCGGGCGGUAG